AACUGGACCAAGAUCAUGAAAACGAUCGUGGACGACCCCGAGGGCUUCUUCGAGCAGGGGGGGUGGAGCUUCCUGGAGCCCGAGGGGGAGGGCUCGGAGGCGGAGCCAGGUGAGUCGGAGUCGGAGCUGGAGGACGAGACCUUCAACCCCUCGGAGGAGGACGAGGAGGAGGAGGAGGACAGCGAUGAAGAUUACUCCUCUGAGGCCGAGGAGUCAGAAUACUCCAAGGACUCUCUGGGCAGUGAGGAGGAGAGCGGCAAAGACUGGGACGAGCUGGAGGAGGAGGCGCGCAAAGCCAAUGGCGGCCGCUGGCGCAUGCGCACGGCCGGCCGCGCGUCUCGGGGCGGGCGCUCCCCCAGGCGAUCACUCGCGGUUGGUGGAAGGGAAGAAAUGGCGGCGAGCGCAGCCAAUCAGCACGCGCGGUGCGUGACUGACACAAGCUUCGAGCGGCCGGCGAACGUUCCGCCCCCUCCCGCGCAGCAGAACCCUCCCCGCUCCCAGUGGUUUAGACUUUGA